AUGAAGGCCACCAAGAAUCUUCAGCCGGUCUCGGCUUCCCAUACCGAGAAUGUGCCUUCACUUCACACCAUCCCAGCCGACCAGGAACGCACAACUAAGGCUCUAAUCGUCGGAGGAAAAUACCGGGACGAAGUUUUAGAAGAGGACACCCAGGAAUCCGAUAGCAGCUUAUUGCAAGAGGUCAAUGUUGAUCUUCCCCUUACAGCCACAAAGGUUAAGCAGCACGAUGGCCAAGAGUUCAUCGUGCUUGAAUUCGUGGAUGGAGAUAAAGAGAACCCUUUCAACUGGAGUUCAGGCCGAAAGGCCUUCAUCAGUGCCCAGCUUUGCCUCAUGACACUUUUCAUUGGUCUCGCUACCACAGCGUACAGCUCUGGAAUCUCAGGCAUGGUAGCGGAUUUAGCAACAUCAGAGGAAAUUGGAAAGCUUGGUCUAUUCACCUUCAACUUUACUUGCGCACUUGCUCCCCUUUUCCUUGCCCCAUUCUGUGAGCUGGCUGGUCGACGAGUGAUCUAUGUUGGUGCCUAUGUCUGCUUCUGUCUUAUGUUUAUUGGCCUUGCGCUAGGCAAGAACAUUGCCACAAUCCUAGUCUGUCGUGCCCUGCUGGGUCUUUUUGGUUGUGUUGGUACAAUCCUUGUUGGCGGAACUUUUGGAGACAUGUAUACCCCCGAGCAUCGUGCUAUCCCCAUGGCUUGUUUCUCCUUCAUCGCUAUCCUCGGUACAGUCGGUGCACCAAUCUACGCCGGCUUCAUUGACCAGGCUCUUGGCUGGCGCUGGCUCGAGGGUAUCCAGGGUCUGGCAAAUAUCCCCCUUGGUAUCGUUAUUGCCAUUUGCCUACCCGAAACUCGUGGCAGUGUAUGCCUUACCAAGCGUGCGAAGAAAAUUCGCCAAGCCACUGGCGACGACCGUUUCGUGACCCACAACGAUAUCGAAGCCCCCGGGAUUAAACACAUGUUGCACAACUCCUCUGUAAAAGCCGUGAAGAUGCUCUUUACUGAGCCAGUCGUCUUCGCCUUUGGUCUCUGGAUCAGUUUUGCCUGGUUCCUAACCUUCCUCUUCCUUUCCGUCAUUCCAAUCACCUUCCAAGAAAAGCGCGGCUGGAACGAAGGAAUCUCGGGUCUUCCCUACAUAUCCCUCUGCCUCGGAACCACCAUCGGCUUCGGUCUCAACUUUCUGCAAAUCAGAAAAUACAACUCUCUCACCUCCGACCCCAACCUUGAGAUCGCACCCGAAGCUCGGUUGUAUGGUGCCCUAUGCGGAGCAGUCUGGCUGCCAAUCGGAUUGUUCGUCUACAGCUUCACCCAGUACGAGGGCCUCCCCUGGAUCGGCCCAGUCAUUGGACUUGCCCUCAUCACCAUCGGUAUCUUCUUCAUCUUUGAGUCCUGCUACAGUUACACGGCCGAUUGUUAUGGAGAACACUCUUCUUCUGCCAUUGCCGGUCAGGGUUUCAUGCGCAAUACACUUGGUGCUGUGUCCCCACUGUUUGCUUCGCAGUUCUUCCACAACAUGGGUAGUCAGUACGCUGGAUUGCUGUUGGCAUUGGUGGCGACUGUCUUGACGUUUAUUCCGUUCAUUCUGUUCAAGUUUGGCCCUGCCUUGCGUGCACGUUCUAAACUUGCCUCCGCCACUGUGAACGGCACAAACUAA